AAUCGUUUACCUUCCAUCAUGUAGAAUAUUCAAUUGAAGACAAGCGCUGUUGAUCUUUUCAAGGACAUGUUUGAGGUUUGUUGUACAGCAGGGUAGAGUAAGUUCUGUGUGUAUGUUUCUGUGUGAACUGUUUGUGUAAUUUACCUCAGUGACUCCCUGAGUUACCAUGCAUCUGUGACAGUAAACUCUAUCUCUUAGACACUCGUAUUGUUAUAAUUUAAACUUCAAAUACAAAUGUGUAUUUUCUUCCUCCACUUAGGCCUUUAUCGAGUGCCUGCAACAUUUAGCCUUUCAACCCGAUCAGGAGUCAGACAAAGUCUCCCUGUAAGAGUUUGUUUUCUUUUCAUCUCAUGCUUGUUUUGUACACUAAUUUGUAUUGGAAUAAAACGUAUUUUCCUUGUUUUUUUAUGAUCUUAUACUACUACAUGAGAAAUUUCUGCAAUUUGAUUGGCUUAGAGCAGUGGUAUUUCAGCUUAAUUUGAAAUACCUACAUGUGAAAAUUACAAACUUUUUGUGGGUAGUAGUAUAAACAAAUAACAGCAUGAUUUGUACGUGAUAUUUAGCAUCAAUACCACUAGUGAUAUUUCAAAAUUGUCUCAAAUUUCACUCGCCUAACGGCUCGUGAAAUUUUGUAUAACAAUUUUGAAAUAUCACUUGUGGUAUUUAUGCCAAAUAUCACUACAAAUCAUGCUAUUACCUAUACAAAUUGGUUGCUAACAACAACUUUAAUGCAACACCUCGGUCUCCGACUUUGUGUCGGCACCUGGAGACCCUGUAUCUGUUUAUAGGAAAGUUUCAAACUCUACAGGACAUCUACUCUUAUUUAUAAUGCCUCGUGUCGACUCGUCUAGCUAGCUAUCAUCUUAGCAACGAAACUUGUUAUAAACCUAAGAUUAAUAACUCUGCGUUUUAAACACUCUUUUAUUAACCGUUAAGUUUUUAAAUACGAAUUAGCUUUGUAAUCUGCUAGAUUUUAAUUGUUAAUUUUUACCUUUUUAUACUUUCUACUAGAUGUAAAAUUUCUGAAUUAAAUACACUUGUAACAAAAGAUAAGUAUUUUUGUGUUUUGACCGAAUGAAGACUUAAUUAUUACUUUAUUAUUAUACGGAGAUCGGCGUACAUGCACCAGUGCUGGGUUAUGUGUUGAAGUUCUUGUGGUGAUGUGUUUGUUGUGUAAUCAGGUCUGGCCCUCAGGAAAGUAGCUCGAUUGGUUCUCAGGACAACUUGGAGAGGUCAUCGUUAUCGACAAUGGAGGACAGCACUCCUGUUAUUGUAAGUUAAUGGUGCACAUAUGUUAUUAAAAUUUGUUAGCGUCGUUUGUCACACGGAGACAAGAGCAGGCUAUCAACGUCUUCACUUGAGUUCAGACUGUAUGACUCCAAAAUUUGGCUCGUAGUCUGAGCACUAUUGCUUUUUUGGUAGCGAUGUAGUGACAGACAGUGAAGGCAUACAGGCAGCAUUAUCAGAAACAACGUACUUUAUUUAGGUGUCAAUGUAUUUAGCCCGCAAGUACUAAAUGACGACCCGGUUUUUACUAUUUCUACGUGGUCAUCCUAGAUAAGCAAAGGUCCAGCUGUUUGCAAGGCAAAGGCAGUACACCCUAUCUCAGUUUUUUUAAGCCCACGUGUAUUGCUCCUGUCCCGGGAAUUGAACCCACGACCUCCCCCUCUCCACACCAACAGGUUACUGACAAAGCUAAACUUACCGCGGUAAAUGCAGAAUUGUGACACUUAUCACACUUUUUUGUGGCCAUCCUCAAACGACUCCGACGUGUUGGUCCAAACUUAUCCAACAAGAACGCUGAAUCUUUCGUUCCGAUCGUCUCUCCCUAUCUGACCACAGGUUAAGGUUUCUUAUAAGGCCAAACAAUCAAGGGUUUAAAACCAUGCGUUUGUGUCUCUUGAACCCAGACUAACUCAAUCUAUUGCCAUUGCCAGGAUGAAAGGCUGCUGAUUGUACUAAACAACUGUCGCUAUGUGCGGAACAAUGUUCUCUCCAAGCUAGUUGACUGCUUUAGAAGUAAUGACUACCCUGUCAGUGACAAGCUCAAGAAGGUAACACACCUAUCAGAACUUUAUUAAUAUGAAGUAAAUAAAAAGGUUACUAAACGAUUUGAAGCGUUCAUUGAUGAAUGACUUGGCGCUGUGUCAUCAGUAAUUUCAUCUUUUCUUUCAAUUGUGACUCAACGCCUUUAUAUAGGUACAGAAAAAACCAAUGCUGUCUGUUCUAUUGUCUUCAGGAUCUUACAAGUGAGUUAAACGAUUUAGAAGGGAAGAUUUUUGAUGCAUACAUUGAACAGAAAGCCGACCCACUGAUAGCAUAUGUGGAGCCUGGGAUGACGAUAUGCGACUUUAAAUGGCACAACUGCCUUCCACCAAAAGGUAAACAUUUGUUAGCGGCAAUUUUAUUUUGGUCAGGUAGGUUGUCUUGUGCUAAUGAUCCGAUUCUGGCAGUGUUUUCUUACGUUUUCAGGGAGGUUCUUAUACUUCUCUGUGAGUUUGCGCUACUGAGAUGAAUUUUUUUUGUAUCCUAUUGCAGAUGUUCGUAGCUAUGUGAAGGAGGUUCUAAUGAACCUUGUUACUGUGCAUGCGCAGGUAAGUAUGAUCAGUGGCGGAUCACGGGGAGGUCAAGCCAGGUCAUAGCUAGCCUGUUCCAGGCGUUUAGAUAGUGGGGAGCGAUGCGAAGUAAAAAGUAGCGCACCGCUCUCCACUAUCUGAACGCUUGGAACAGGCUAGGUCAUAGCAUUCAUACUAAAUAGUGAUAAGCAUUUCCAGCUCUUUAAUUAGCGAACUCAGAAGUAAUAUUUGCAAAAUUUUCGACACGUUGGCUCUUAUGGGCUCUUGACGUAAGACGUUUUCUUAACAAUGCGAAUUUCCCUCUAUAAUCGACGACGUAUUUCUGUAAUAAGCGUUAUAUUCAUUCAGUUAUAAACUGCUUUAAUUUUCCUGGUGUUGUUUUGAUAGUUGUUGUCCUUUAUUUUUCACGUUUUCUGACACAGAUGUCACAUAAUAUUCGUCCAGGUUUUGUUGACUGCUCACACAAUUCUUGGGUUGCACGUGACGUCACCAAAAAUCAAAAUAAGAAACUAUUGAUUCUUCUGAGUUUCUACUUUCACGAGGUAUUACAGUACCUAAACACCUUUACAUAAACAAAUUUUUGUUUCGAAAGGGUUCUUCGUUUUGCGAGAGAGGACACUUGAAUUUCCAGGCUUUUGCGUGACGCGGCAUUUAGCUAGCGGCCGGGAAAGCUCUUAUGUGGGUUAAAAACAUUACCGAUUUUUGAAGAUUUUGCAAUCUAAACAUUCCUUGUCUCAGAAUAAAUAUUUCUGUAAUCUUUAUGAGUUCCUCAAGCGAAGAGUUCACGCAUUAGUAGGAAAACUCGAAAACAGAUGUUUCUGUUGGUAUCCGGCGGCCAUAUUGGUGUUCCUGAAAGGGACACCAACAUGGCGUUACCAUACAAAGCUUUAUAAAUUUAGGUAAACCGUUUUUCCCAAUAUCUCGCAUUUGAAAUAUUUCACAGACCUGAUUCUUGGCAAGGGUUUCUGUAUUUUUAUCUUUUUUCAUUUCCCAGAUUCUAGUCCUUCUGUAUUGAAUGGUUUGCAUUUUUAUUUUUCAUUGCGUGACAGUGCAAGCCGAGACGGAUGUAAGACUUAAGAGCUUAAGAGUAGUGACAGUGUGGCCGAGGGCAUCCCGGGUUCAAGACCCACUUUGACCACUUGAUAGCGUUGUACCUCGCUAGCCGUUACUGUAACCUAGCAACUACAAAUUGAGCUUUUAACCAGGCUGUCUUAUUUGCUCAGCUCUACUUACCUUCCGUCAUUUUCUUGUGCCUGUAAAAUUAACAGGAGUGAAUAAACCUUCCUUAUUUAUUAACUUAUUUAAUAUUAAGUCGCUGCUGGACCCUUUCUCCCUACGGAUUCUGGGAUGCCAACAUGUUUGCCGCCGGUAGUUAAAGGCGUUAAUAAUUUACCAACUGUGGGUGUGGUAUCAUCGUUCUACCCGCUAGCUGGGCUGUUUCUUCAGGUUAAGAGACGGUCUACCUGCAUUUGCGGCCAUGGGUCGGGAAAAUUUCCCCCUACCCGUACACCGAAAUGCUGUAUUUUAGGUCAGGGACAAACGUCGAACUUGGCAGUUAGCAUUAGGCUCGUCUCAUGUGAUUUUUGACGUCUGACCAGGGCCUUACAGGUCUCUGUUAAUACUACUAUUUUGUGGGCAGGUGUUUGCUGUCUCAGAGGAGCUACUGACUCAGGUGCUGUGCCGACUGACUGACAUGUUAGCGGAUGAGUUUUGCAGACUCGUAUCUGCGGUCAAAACGUUUACUUCAGCUGGUGCUGUCACGGUGCGUUUACAAAAACAUUUUAUUGAUAGCUCCUUUAUUCUCGCACAAGUAGGCUUUGCAGAGAAAAAAAUCCUUUAUUGUGGAGUAAGAGGGAUGAGAUGGUAUUCGUUUGCUCCGUUUUAAAAAGGUUCUUUGACAAAGAUCCAAUCAAAAGGAUGACCUAAAAACAGGAUUUUGUUAUUUCUAAGGCCGUGUUCCGAAGAGUUAUAAGAUACUUGGAGUUAAUAUGGAUAUAUCACAAUCGUGGCUAACGCUGGCCCAUCGUUCGGGUCUAUGAAGCAUUCUAGGAAGGACUCGUAUUAAUGUAAUCGUUGUAUUCCUAUUACUAUAUUUGCAGACCAAUCGAAUGUUCUCUAAAUAUUUUGCUCACCGUCCGAUUUUUGUUUUAGGCACACUUGGAAGCACGAGCUUUACAAGAAGCAUUGGCUGCCUAUCUCACACAACACUCCAGGUACUGCAGCUGUAUUAUUUGGCGAUUUUUAAAGUAGCUUUUGAUAUAGCCUGCUCUUGUCUUAAUAUCCAAUUAACACCUCAACUCCCGUGUGAAACCCGAAAAAGGAAAUACAAACAAACACCUAUUGCCAUCGCGUUCUGACUGGAGGCCGCACGAGUUAUUGUAAUCAAGGUGGUAACAAAUAAAGCUCGGUUAACAUUUGUAAAAAAUGACAAGAACGAAAAGGGGAGAACUAACGGGCACUCAUAGGAUGAAAAAACCUCUCCGUGCUGGCAACGGCAAAACAAAGGAAACGUUCCGGCCCUAUGAAUAAUCUCCCAGGACCUGCAUGGCUCGGUCUUAACAAAUUACGGAAAGGAUUAAAGAGACCGCUAAACGCGAUUGAAUACUGUUCUUAACAUAAUCGUCUUUUGCUUUCUCAAUCACCCAACGGCAGUAACACUUAAAAAGUCUGUCCUGAAUACUUACAUUAGCAGCAGCCGUUGCUCCUUCGGCUCGGAGACUAUGAGUAUCAAUGUUAGAAACGUCAGUAAAAUAUCUGGCUCUUACACAGCUAAUCCCUUGGCGUCGGACCUUUUCUUUCGAGAGAAGAGACGCGAGGGCUCGGCUUGUGAUGCUGCCCUGCUCUCUGCGGGUGACAUGUCCGAUCCAUCUCCAUCGCCUUCGCAUGAUGAUGGUCUCCAUGCUCUCUUGGUUGCAGCGGGCGAGAAGUUGUUGGUUGGAGAUAGUCUCAGGCUAGAAAAUACACAGGAUCCUUCUGAGGUUCUUUGUAUGGAAGGUGGACAACUUGUUCAGGUCACACUCCGUCAUCCUCCAGAAUUUCGAGCCGUACAGUAGAGUGGAAAGCACACAGCUCUGGCACAGUCUUAGUUUGGUCUUGGUGCUGUACUGGGAUGACUUCCAAACGUUGUUCAUCAUUCUACAUGCGUUUCUGGCCUUGCUGAGGCGAUUCUUGUUGUCCUUUGCCUGCUCCGCCAUCAUGUCUGACAAUGCUGGCAAGGUAAGUGAACUCCUCGGUUGUUGGAAUGUCUUCUCCGUUCACUUUGACUGGUGCGGGAUGUUGUACAUUCAGCGUCAUGACUUCUGUCUUCCUCUGGCUGAUCUUCAGGCUUACUUACUGGGAAAAAGUGCUAAGACGGGACGUCUUCUCUUGCAUGUGCUGGUGGGUGUGUGAGACCAGUGCGAGAUCGUCAGCGAAGUCCAGAUCUUCAAGCGUUGACAAGAGGGUCCAUCUGAUGUCACGUGCUUGGUUUUCUGUUGUUCGCCGCAUCACCCAGCCGAUAACGAUGUUGAAAAACAGCGCGGACAUUGAACAGCCUUGCCUGACACCGGUCUUGACUUCAAAACUGGACUUGCUGUUCCCCACGUGAAGUUGUCGUAGAAGCUCUGGAUGAAUUGGACAAUCUGCUGUGGGAUCCCGUAUGCCAUGAGGAUGCGCCAAAGACCAUCUCGGUGGACGCUAUCAAAGGCUUUUUCAAAUCUACAAAGUCGAUGUGCAGCUGUCUCUGUCAUUCUGUACACUGCUCAAUGAUGUUUUUGAGGGUGAGUGGUCUAUGAAUCCUCUUCCUUUUCGAAAACCCCCUUGCUCGUUUCUCAAUCGCUGAUCUACUCCCUCUGAAAUUCGCUAUCCAGUCUUCUGGUAGCUGUUUCUACUCUCAUAUGGCUGCAAAGAGGGGCUGAAGAACUUGUGCUGCAAACUCCGGAUCUGCCUUAAAUAGCUCUGCGCUAAGGCUGUCCUGACCCGGGGCUUUUCCGUUCUUGAGGGAUCUGAUGGCUGCCAUAAUCUCUUCUUUCUCUGGUGGUGCAGUUUUGAGUUCUAGGUCUUCUCCAGGAUCUUGCACGUCUGCGUCCGUUGGAGGUGGUGGUCUGUUUAGAACUUAACUGAAGUGUUCCGCCCAUCUAGCUUCUUGUUCUGCUUCUGUGGUAAGAGGUCGCCUUUUCUUGUCCAUAAUUGGCGAGUCUGUUGUUUCUCGGUAAUUGCCGCUGACUAACUUUGUGAUCUUGUACACCUUCCCUUGCUGUCCUCUGCUGGCUGCCUCUUCUGCCUAACUUGCUAGGCUUUCCAUGUACGCCCGCUUGUCUGCUCUUAUUAUCCCCUUCAUUGUUCGGUCAGCUUCCCUGUAUUGUAGCGUGCGUGUCUCUUUCAGCCUCUCCGACUUGGUCUCCUCACGAUAGGGUGCUGGUCGUCGUCUCUACCGCUGUUCAGCACUGUUUCUCUGGUGUUGGUUCUGCAUCUGCCUGAUCCUGUGCAUCUGCUCUCGCUGAUUCCUAUAAUGUGUAGAUUAUAGUGUCUCUUUUCUUCUGUCACUUGUGCCAGCUUUCCUGUCUCAUACAUGGCUCUCACGUUCCAGAAUCCAAUUAUGGUGUUGGCUUUGGCGCUCAAGACUUCAAUCUUCCUGUCAGUGGCCUCCUUCUGGCUUCCCCCAUUGUCGUACAUACGAGUAUGAUUCUAGAAGCCCAUCACACCCAGUAGCGUCGAUUUCUUCUGUUGCCGUUUCCGUAACAGGAUUGUUAGUCCUGUGUCCAGCCCCAACCUGGAGGACCAGUAGAUCGCGCUUCGUCAGGCCUCUACCCUUCGACCUGUCUCCCGCCAGCAUAGCUCUAGGGAUCACUGAGACACCGACCGCGACAAGGUGGCGAUCCUUGAGUUGCACCACUCCCUAAAUACUCUACCAAGUCCCUUGAUACUAAAUACCGACAAAGUAAUACUUUUUCCACUAAUUUCUUCAAAACCGCGGAAAAAUUAAAUUAAAUGAAGCUAACGUGGAGGGAUUGGCUCUAGUGAUACAGUUCUGGCGAUAUAUCACCAUUUUAUCUUAGUUAUUAAAAUCAGUUUUGUAUCAGUUUUGCACUGACGCACAACCACUAGCCUCCUUUAGUAAUCCUGACCGUCGAGUUCAGGCGAAUGGGAUUCGUGGUCAUUUCCAGGGUAACAAUUAUCUGAUAGGGGUUACUUGUCAAGAACUUAACAACUUGCAUGUCCAACGAACGAUAAUUAUAACUUUAUUAACAAAGUUCUAUGGCAUUUCUCUGUGUGAAAUUUUAGAGAAAUGUUCCAAGCCACAUUCAGCAAGGUGCCGGCCAUAACAAAGGAUUCUGAUAAAAGGUUAGUGUUUAGAGAAAACUCUUUGGAAAAAAUAUGUACACUUUUAUUUGCACUAAGCCUGCUACACGACUUCACAUGAAGCAAACACGUUUUUUGUUACACCAUUCAGCUCCUUACUUGCAGAGCUAUAGAACCCAGACGCCUUCUUGUUACCAUGGUUUCAAUUAAAGUAUUACCGUGAGUUUUGUGCACUAAGUAACACGAGUUUUUCAUAACUGAACCCGGAUUAAACAAAAGCUCAGUAAAAUCGUUCGAACGGGACCAAAGCGAUUAUUCAUUUUAGAGGGGUCGUUGCUACACGUUUGUCAGUAUGUUUUACUAAAACAGCUCCUUUUCAGAGAUAGAUUUCAAGUGAAUUAUUGGGGAAGGAAAGAGGUUUUUCUGCGAUUUAUGAACAGUUUGCCAUUAGCAGUUCACCUACGUAAGGAUCGUUAUGUGCUUCUUCCCUAAAUGAUUAUGCUCUACGAGGAGUGGUUUCUUUUUCCUCAGAGACAGUAGAGCGACCAAAACUGUCUCUCGCGAGGACAGCAGGAGACUCGCAAGCGGGAAAGAUCUAAGAUGGAACUGACUACAAAAAGAACCUGUCGUUUUACUUUUUUGCAUUCUCCUCCCAAUGCAGAAUUCUUAUUAAUUAAUUAAGAUUUCUGUUGUCAACACAUAAAUCGCUCUUGCUUCACUCAAGGUGGCAAAGUGGGGGUACCUUCCACGCAUCACGCAUCACGGAAAAAAUAACAUAAUGUAGUUAAUAUAUCUUUUUUUAAUUUUUCCGUGAUGCGUGAUGAACAAGUAUAUAUUAUCAUUUGAUCUGAGGAAAUCAGAGGUCGAGAAAGGAGAAAAAAGGGCAAAAAGCUGGUGUCAUAACUAUCUAUUUUUAGCGUCUCUGCUUCUUGUUUCAAAUGACAUUCACCAGCACAGAAAUUUCAAAGGAAAAUAGCGUGUCACGCGUUGUGAAAAUAGAACUCACGCAUCACGCUGCCAGCCCAAAUCACGCCUCACGCGACUCAUUUGGGCCCGGUCACGCAUCACGCGUCACGGAAAACCCCGAGUGGUCAUAGUUUACUGUUAUUUCUUGGUGGCAAUCAAAUACAACUAUUCAUGUUCUCUUAUUUUCGAGAUAAUGUAUGACAUUGUUACUCUGACUGGAUUGCAGGUUGAUAGAAGCUUUGAUGACAACUUUCAAGCGACGUAUGCGUUUUCAGUUACAGUGCUUCCAAGUGGACAUGGAGGAACUAUAACCCACAUAAAAUCUACACUGAAUUAUGGCGAAACAACAAAAUAUGCAGAUAUUUCUGUUCUUAUUAAAAGCAAAUGAAUUAGAAAUUCAAAGAUAAAAAGCUUACUCGCCAAAAACGACGUCAUAGGGUAGUGACAAAACUGCUCAUCAACUCGUACCUAACUUAACCUUUUCCAAAUAUACAAGUUUUAUUUCUUACUGCUUUAUUAUCCGUAGUCAUGGUUGAUUGGAUCUCGGUGCAAAGAAACAAAGAAAACGAAAACAGGAGUAAACAUUCCCUACUAAACUACCAACAGAGCACCAUCAUGAUUUAAAGACGUAAAAGAUUGAAACAUUAUGCCUUGAAAUUCAAAGCGUUAGCUGCUUUCUAUUAGUCAAACUGAGUGGCCGUUUGAGGUGGUGAAUUGUUUUCUAGCAUGUUUAAUAUUUGCUUCUUGUUCUGUCCAGGCUUAUCU